UCAACCUGCCUCGCAUUAAACCCAGCAGCGGGGGAGCUUUGUGCCUGUAAUCCAGGCGGCCGAAUGUGACAGCAGGGCUGUAAUUACAUGUUUAUUGUAAUAAUAAUUAACGGUGCUUUAGUGGCGCAAAAGCCGGGCUGGAGGAGCUGAGACCGGACAAACUCAUCCCACCCACAACUUCCCACCGCCCACAGACCCGCGGUGCCUCUUCGGGGCUCGUUCUCAUUAACAGAGUCACCUCGUUAAGCCAAAUUCGGGGUGUUUAGGCCCAAAUUCCCAGCGAUGGGCGUCGCGGUGCUGCCGGCGGCCGGAGCGCGGGGCCGGGAAUAGCGCGGGAGCGGCGCCAAAGCCAUGACGGAGGGUGAGUAAUGGGUUGAAGUCAUCGCUUCCCCGGCGAAAAUAACCCCCUUACAUCACCCAGCGCCGGGCACACGGACCCGCCAGCACCGGGGGGGUGGGAUGAAGGCUCGGGGUGUUCACCAUUGAUGUGGGUCCCCAAUUUUCUCCCCUCUUUUGGGGGUUCCCACCGCCCGGUGUGUUCGUUGCAGCCGUGGUAUGUGCUGAGUUUGGCCGGUCUCGGCUCGGCGGGAUGGGGGGGGUGGCAAAGAGGGGGUGACAUGUGGCUCGUGGUGGGUGACACGACCCUCCCCAAGGGACCCCCCAGUACUCACCGGCUCCGAGGUGACGGGCGGGCGGCUCAUGGGAGGACGAGGCUUUGCUGGUGUCACGGUACCGGGGGGAUGACGGGCUGGGGGGGGGAUGAGUCAUCCCCACUCUGGGAAGUGCGUGUGUGAGUGUGAGCGAGUCUGCGGGUGCCAUUGACUCGUUCGUUACUGGAACGGACGCGCUUUUCGGGGUUCAGCCCCGUGCUGGAUGACUGUGCCGGACUUUCCAGCCUGAGCCCCUGGGUGAUGAUGUGGCCAACGGUGACGCUUGGUCCCCAGGGGGUUUGGGGGCAUGGAUGGGUCGUGGUGGCCGUGAUGCUCAUGGGUUGUGAUCCUGGUUCCAUUGAGAGGGUGGUUUUGCUGGGAAAAGCAAACAGGGAUGGAGCCACCGGUGUCCCCUGGGAUGGGAUCACCCCAAAACGGGGACAGAGCUGCCAGUGUCCCCUGGGAUGGGAUCACCCCAAAACGGGGACAGAAUGACUGAUGUCUCCUAGGCGGGGAUCACCCCCAAAACGGGGACAGAGUCACUAGACAUCACUCCCCAAAUGGGGACAGAGCCACUGGUGUCCCCUGGGAUGGGAUUACCCCAAAAUGGGGACAGAGCCACCAGUGUCCCCUGGGAUGGGAUCAUCCCAAAAUAGGGACAGAGUCACUAGACAUCACCCCCCAAAUGGGGACAGAGCCACCGGUGUCCCCUGGGAUGGGAUCACCCCAAAAUGGGAACAGAGCCACCAGUGUCCCCUGGAAUGGGAUCACCCCCAAAACGCGGACAGAGUGACCAGUGUCCCCUGAGAUGGGAUCACCCCAAAAAUGGGGAUGGAGCCACCAGUGACCCUAGGCUGGCAUCACCCCCAAACCGGGGACAGAGCCACUGGGCAUCACCCUCAAAAUGGGGACAGAGCCACUGGUGUCCCCUGGGAUGGGGAUCACCCCAAAAAUGGGGACAGAGUGACCAGUGUCCCCUGGGCUGGGGGUCACCCCCAAAAUGGGGACUGAGCCCCCAGCAUCACUUGGGUACCACUUUCCAGGGACACUGUCCCUUGUCCCCACGUUGAGCAUCCCAGUCCCAUGGGACUGAGGCCACCCAUAAGUAGGGGACAGUUGGGGCUGGACUGGCGCUACUGGAGAGCACCCAUGGGUGCCCCCUGAGAAUCCCCCCCCUUAAGAAAGAGCCUCCCCAAAACAAGAGAAAAAUCCCCCGUUGAGUCAUUUUGGGCCAACAAUCAGAGACAGGAGCAGCGGGGGGACAUUGGGGGGACAUCUGGCUCCUGUCCCCCCCCUGGGGCUAGAAAAGGGGGUGACAUUAACCCUUUCAUUCCAGGAACACACCUGCCUUUAACUUAAUAAUAACAUGAUUUAAUGAAAACAGCAAAAGAAACUAACAAAAAAAAACCCCAACCACUUGGGUUUCUAUUCCUGACUCUGGUUUCUAUUUGAGCAGAAUGGGGGGGUCUGAAGCCGGGGGGGGGGGAGUAGCUGAGUCCUGCCUCAGUUUCCCCUUUCACACGGUGGCUGAGGGACUCAGCAUCAGCUCUGGAUGGGAAUAUAUUGAAUUUCAGGGCUUUUUUCCAGCAGGAGAAGCUUUUCUGCAGCAUGGGGGGGUUAUUAUUCAAUCUCAUGUAAGAGAUGCUGGGGGGAAAAGGGGAAGAUGUUGGUGGGGUGACGUUGGCCAUAGGUGCAAUGAAAGGCAUCAGGGCUCAGCCAGGGUGCAAAACCAAGCACCGGGUUCUGCUAAAAAUGAGAAGGAAAAGAAGAUGGAAAAGGAAAAGAUGAUGGAAAAGGAAAAGAUGAUGGAAAAGGAAAAGAAGAUGAUGGAAAAGGAAAAGAAGAUGAUGGAAAAGGAAAAGAAGGAAAGACGGAGCCAAAUCUGGAUUGGUGGCACCAGCAUCACCGACACCCCCUUUGGGCACAAACAGCGGCAAGAGGCCUGGCUGCCGUAACAGUGACGAUAGUUUGGAGCACUGAAAAUCGUUACUACAUUCCCAUCAUGGCCCCAGUUGGACCCCAGUUACCGACUGGUGAGCUCUUGAACCUGAUGGAUACAGGGUUCUGAAAUACCCCAUCCAAACGGGCUGCAAACCGGGGUGUCAACAUCUCACACCCCCACAACACGGGGGGAGACACGGCCGAACGCCAGCCUGACCAUGAGGCUUUUUCCAGGGGAAAAUUAAUUAAUGAGGCACUAAUGAGGCUUAGUGACCUCCACCUGGGGUAUCCAGCACCUAUGGGACCUAUUUAAUCUCAGGUCAGCCAGAGGGUCUGUUUCUGCUGGAUGUGGGGGGCAUAGGGGGGUGGAAAUUCAUAGGUUGUGCACCUACAGAAACAUCCAUCACCAUAAAGGACUAUAUAGGGGUCCUUUAUAGACCCAGGCACCCUAUAGACCCCGCCUGGGGCUCUGGCAGGGUUGUGGGUGGCAUGUUUGGGUGACCACAAACCCACCUGGAGACACCCACGGGUGGAUGUGAUGGACAAGGAGCGAAACAUCUUUGAUGAGAAGAAUUGGUGUUGAGCUGCUCCAGGGGACGCUGAGGUUGGAAAUUUGGGAUAAUUUCUUCCCCAAAGGGCUGUCGGGCAUUGGAACCCAGGACAGUGUUGGAGUCACCAUCCCUGGAGGGUUGGACAGACAGACAGACAUGAGGUUCUCAGGACAUGGGGCAGUGCUGGGGGUGGGUUAUAGUUGGACUCGAUGAUCUUGAGGGUCUUCCCCAACCAAAACGAUCCUGUGAUUUGAUUUUCUCUUCGGCACCUCCACCUUGCGGCACAUCCUGUGGCGCUCGGCCCCUUCCUGCCCGCGAGGAGGAGGAGGAAGAGCCGCGAAGGCUGCGAGGGCGCUGGGGGAAGGAGCUCAGCCCCAGCCGCCCCCUUUUGCCCCGCAUGGAGGUGGCCCCAUGGCUUUUCUGCGGCGGCUCUUUGGUUUGUCGGAGAAGAAGAAGCGGCUGCCGAGGUGGUACGAGCACAUCAAGAGGGACGUCGACCCUGAGGAGACCUGGCUUGUGCUGGGCGAGUUGGGGGAUGGCGCCUUCGGGAAGGUCUUUAAGGCACAGAACAAGGUGACGGGGGUGCUGGCAGCCGCCAAGGUGAUCAACACCCCUAGCGAGGAGGAGCUGGAGGAUUAUGUGGUGGAGAUUGAGAUCUUGGCUUAUUGCGACCAUCCCAACAUCACCAAGCUGCUGGACGCGCUCUACUGGGAUGGGCGGCUCUGGAUCUUGGUGGAGUUUUGUCCCGGAGGGGCCGUGGAUGCAGCAAUUUUGGAGCUGGAGAAGGGGCUGACGGAGGAGCAGAUCCAGGUGGUUUGCAAGCAGCUGCUGCUGGCGCUGCGGUACCUGCAUGGCCGCAGGAUCAUCCACAGGGACGUCAAGGCCGGCAACGUCCUCCUCACCCUGGAUGGGGACGUCAAGCUGGCUGAUUUUGGUGUCUCGGCCAAAAACUCAAGCACAGUCCAGCGCCGCGUGUCCUUCAUUGGCACCCCGUACUGGAUGGCCCCGGAGGUGGUGCAGUGCGAGACGUCCAAGGAGAACCCCUACGGCUACAAGGCUGACAUCUGGUCACUGGGCAUCACACUGAUUGAGAUGGCAGAGAUGGAGCCCCCCUACCACGAGCUGAACCCCCUCCGGGUGCUGCUGAGGAUCGCCAAGUCCCAACCACCCACCCUGCGUCACCCCAAGAGAUGGUCUGAGGACUUCAAGGACUUCCUGAGGAAAUCCUUGGAGAAGAGCCCUGAGGCACGGUGGUCGGCCAGCCAGCUUCUGCAGCACCCCUUUGUCGUGGGUAUCUCUGACAAGCGGCCGCUCCGGGAGCUGGUGGCUGAAGCCCGGGCUGAUGUGCUGGAGGAAGAGGAUGAGGAGGAAGGUCCGGUGGCCUUGCCUGGGCAGGAGCAUGGAGAGUCCUCCUGUCCCCCAACUCCAGGGGGUCACAUGGAUCUUCAGCCCCCAGAUGCUGUGGGGAGAGUCCUUGAGGAGCUGGAUGUCCCAUCUGAUGUCCAAGCGGUGGCAGAGCCCAGAAGCACAAGAGCAUCCGAUUUCUUGAAGCAAAUGAGAAAGUCCUUGCCUGGGCCCGUGGGCUCCAUGAGGGUCCCUGUGAAACGUCCGUCUGAGUUCUUGAAGCUGCUGCGGCGCAGAUCGUUAUUUGGGGAGUUGAAGCCCCAAGAACCAGCCAAGGAGCAGCGUGAGGCAGAGCCGAGAGGCUUGGAGAUCAUGGAGCUGGAUGUUCCUCAAGGGACAUCAGCCCCAGCAGAAACAGGAGGAGAAGUUCAAGUGUGUCAAGAGGAGGAGACCAACCUUCUGGGGACCUCCUGCGAUGUGACCGAGCUCCCCUUGGGGCCACAGCGGGCAGGAGACCUUGCUGAAGUGAAAGAAACGAAGGUUGAGCAGGUUGGACCCAAGGCAGACCAGGUUGGACCCAAGGUGGAGCCACAGGAGAAAAGCCAACGUCCCAACCCAUCACUGGUGACCGAAACAUCCAUGGAGGGACAUCUUACAGUCCCACCGAGCCCUGGUUUGAUCCCCAAAAGCAAUGACAACACUGAGUCAAGCAGAGACUCUACUUUAUGCUCACUGGCCCUGUCCACACCUGUGACCAGGGACUGGGACAGAGACUUGGCAGUGGGGCAGCUGGUGGCAGCCCUGGACCUGUGGACCUUGGCGACCAAAACCCAGAGCUUCAAGUCGCUGGCAGAGCAUCAGCAGCGGGUUCCUCAGUCAUUGCUAGACCUGAGGGUUGAGGUUGGCUUCUCUGGGGAUGGAGAUGGCCUUGGGGAGGAUGGUGAUGGGGCAGGGAGGGCACCUGUGGGACCUGAGGGUGCAGGGGAGACUGAGAUGAUGGAGCAGAGGGUGCCAGUGGGCGAGGUGUUUCUGAUGCCUGGUGUGACGGAGGAGGUAGUGGUGAGGUUGGAUGUGCUCAAGGGAUGGCAGGAGCCCCUGGAUGGAGAGAAGAACAAAGGGGAGAGAAACUCCAUCAUGUGUGAGCCCAUUGCUGAGGUCCUGGACCUGGUUGAGCAGGAGGUGGGGAGGAAUGAGGAGGAAGAUGCAGAUGAUGUUGAAACUGGGGUGGAAACUUCUCCUGAGGAAGCCCUGGUGCUAGCAGAAGUUACACUGGAAGAGGAUGUUGUAAAAGGGUGUUUGAUUGGAGACUGUAAACCAGUGGAAGAUGGAGCCAGCCUGGAAGAACUGAUGUUGGAUGGAGAGGAACCAGAGGCAGAACCUGCAGGAGAAGGACCUGUGAGUGAGGAGGCCCAAAAUCCAGCAGAGGAUUCAUCCUUCAUGGAGAUGGCAGGGUUUGUUGGAGAAGAAAUGGAGGAGAAAGAGGAAAACAGCUCCAGAGACAACCAGCCAAGGGCUGCUCCUGAGGAUGGCUGGGAAGGACGAGCUGGAAAUGGAGAGCUUGGAGAAGAUGGGGUGCAGGUUGCUCCAGCUCCUGAAGAACCACCAAGAGAUGAACCUGGAGAGGGGAUGGGUGGCUUGAAUGGUCAUGGAGCAGCAUCAGAGCUCCAGGAGACCUUUGGUGGACAUCCAAAGGCCACGAAGACCAUGAACUUUGGUGGCCUUGUCCGCGUGUCUUCCCAGGCGCGGGCAGCAUGGGAUGCAGGGACUACACCAGGUCCAUCCAUCACGGCAAAGCAAGGAGAGGAGCCAUCCCCUGGGGAAAACCCUGCAGGUGUAGAAGGUCCAAACCCCCUUCCUGCAGCAGCACAACCUCUUCCCUCAGCUGGAGAAGCCCAAAAGGAACCUGCGUCGCUCCAAAGGACGGUGAAGAAAACGCGGAGGUUUGUGGUGGAUGGGGAGGAGGUGAGCGUGACAACCGCUGGGACCGUCGGCAAGGCUGGGGCAAGGGACGAGAUGGUGCGAUCGGCUCGGCGCCAGGAGCUGCGCGCGCUGCGGGUGCUGCAGAAGGAGGAGCAGCGAGCCCAGAGCCAGCUGGAGCAGAAGUUCCACCAGCAGCGGGAGCUGAUGUUCCGUCACAUCGAGCAGGAGAUGAUGAGCAAGAAGGAGUUCUACGACCGGGAGGUGGAGAGCUUGGAGCGGCGCUGCCAGCAACUGAGGGAACGUCAGGAGCUGGAGUACACAGCAAGGCUGCAGGAUGAGGCCAAGCGCCUCAAGUUGCUCCAGGAGAAGGACAGUGGGAGGAGGAUGCAAGAGCUGAAGGGCAAUGGGAGAGAGGUGAGGGCUGGGGCAGCGCCGGUGCCACCAGGAGCUUGGGGACCAUCUUGGUUGUGUUUUGCGAUGAAGUCCCCGCAUCGCUUGCCGCAGGAGCAGCGGUUCCUGCAGCAGCAGCAGGAGGAACUCAACGCAGCCCUGCAGAGGGUUGUCCAGGAGCACAAGAAGAGGAUGAUGUCCAUCGACUGGGAGUGCAGCAGCAAGAUCCACAGCCUCAGGAGAGCCCGCGAGUCGGUGGUGUGGAGCAUGGAGCAGGGGCACCUCCAGGAGAAGUACCAGCUCUUCGGGCAGCAGGUGAAGGAGCAGCAUGCGCUGCAGCAGCAGCAGCUCCGCAAGCGCCAUGAGAAGGAGAUGGAGAGGGUGAAGCGCUUCCACCAGUUCCUGCUGGAGGAUCUGAGGAGCCAGCAUGCGCAGGAGCGGGCCCAGCUGCUGAAAAGCCAACGCUGCAAUGCCAAAACCCAUCUGGCCCUCUUCAAGGAGAACCUGAAGAGCCAGGAGGCCAGCGGGGCCAAGCAGAGGGCCAAGCAGUUCCUGCAGCACGAGGAGCGACGGCAGCGAGAGGCGGUGCAGCAGCUGCAGGAGCAGCAGAUGCAGCAGAUGCAGGAGCUGCAGCAGCAACAGGCUGAGAGCCUGGCAGAGCUGGAGCAGAUGCAGAGUGAGAAGAUGAGCCUCUUGGCCGAGCAGGAGAGGAGGCAGCUGGGGCGGCUGGAGCAGGAGCACGCCAUGGAGCUCAGCCAGUGGAAGCAACGCCUGGCUGCACGCAAGGAGAUGCUGGAGGAGGAGCUGGGGAACUCGCUGUUGGUGCAGCAGCGGGGAGGGCUGCCCAGCGCCCGCAGCAGAAACAGGAUCAGCCGCUUCUUCCACCUCCCGUCCUGACACCACGCUGGGGUGACUGGGGACAAGGGACAGGCAGCUGCCUGGGGACAGUACCACGGCUCUGCUCGGAGGUGGGAUGGAAGGAUCUCGAGGGUGACACAAGGACCAGCUGCCCUGGGGGUGCUGAGAUGCCGGGCAGGACAUGAUGCAGAUCUCGGGGGGUGGUGUGGGGGUCCAAAACCCCUCACUGUGCUGGAGGGGUGGAGUGAAGCAGGAGCUGCCACCCCCGAGGACCCUUGGGGGUGUCACCCCACUGGUCUCCAAGCUGGGGAUGCAGAGGUGUUGCUGGAGCUUCCUGCACGGAGCUCCCCUCAGCUGAAUGGCAACUCGAGGAAAUACAUCCUUUCUUUGUUAAUUAA